AUGAUGAUAUCUUUAAAAUCAAAUUAUAUAAUUGUAUUUAUUUUUUUCAUAAUUCAAAUAUUAAAAGUAUUUGGAGAUAGUGACUUCAGUUUAUAUGCAGUUACAACCAAUCCAGUUGGCACAUAUGUAACAGUUGUUGAUACAUUUUAUAAUAAAUUUUUAGCAAAUACUUCAUUAAAUUUAAAUGACUUAAACAUUCAAAGUUUUUUAACCGUUGAUUCAGGUUUAAAUCUUAUAUCAUUACUUUGUCAAGAUUCAAAUAAUACAAAUUAUUUAGUUACUGCAGAUGUUAAAACUGGUGAAAUUGAAAAAAGUAAAGGAAUUCAAAAUGAUGGUUUUAAUAUUACAAAUAAUAAUAAUUAUAUUUAUUCAAAUGAUACAGAUGAUAUUUUUUUACCAACAUGCUCAAAUGGUGAAUUAACAAUUUUACAUUGGAAUUUCAAUGAACAAUCAGAUUAUGUCAAUCAAUUUGCAGUUAAUGGUAUUUCUGAUACUGAUUCAAGUUAUCAACCAAAAUGUACAUUGUCAUCAAAUAAUGGUUUAUAUGUAUUUUAUAAAUCAAGUGAUAUUGACAAUCCAAGUAAACUCGUAUUAUUAGAUUUAAAUAAUACUGAUAGUGGUUCAUUUUCAUUAUCAUCAUCAUCAUCUUCAUUACAACCAGUACUACCAACAAUUGAAAUUUACACAUUUAAUGGUUUUAAGGCUGACAAUGUUGAGAUGAUAUAUGUUGAUAACCAAGAUAGUAAUGUUGUUUAUGUAAUUUAUAAUUCUGAUGGUACUACACGUUCAUGUACUCUCCUUCUCAAUGAAAGAACCCCAAUUUGUAAAAACGCAUAUUUUGACUACCCUUUGAAUCCAUAUAAUUAUAAUUAUAAUCCAUUCUUCUUAACAAGUGAUCUAGUAGGAUUCGUUUCAAUUCAAUCAACAUCACCAACUCAAUUAUUAUUUGGACUUUGGGAAUUAAAUUUUGAAGGUGACUCUGCAACUCAAACUGAUAAUUUAUGGCAAUCAAAAAAUCCUUCAAAUUACACCUAUUUUAAAAAUUAA